AUGUUUAAGCCACCAAUCUCCCUAAACGCCCUGACCGACAAAGAAGUCGAAGAAAUCACCAGCCUGCUCAUAUUCGACUCUUCGCAAAACAGCUCCCGUAAGACUAAUGAGUGGCUUCAAAAGCAGGAGAGUAAAGUCAAACGGCUCAAGAAUGAGGGGCUGCUGCGCCCCGAUUCUCUCCUUCAUAAAGGGGUCAUGAAACUCUUCCAUCGCCAAACGCUCUGCCAAGCGCACAAGGAGCUCGAUUCCAGCGUCAUCCGCAGCUUGCUGUGGAACAUUGCGUAUGAGAGCACAGCCCAGACGAAUAUCUAUCGUGUGCUGCGGAUAAAGGGGAAGUUGUGGUUCAAUAUCGAACGCUGUUGUUGGAUGACUGAAGAGCAGCUGAAGCUAAUCGACGAGGAGGAGGACAUGAUCAACGACAAUUUGGAGGAGUGGCUGGACUUGACAAACGAGAUUACGGCGCUGUGGCUUGGGCAAAAGAAGUACCGCGAGCUUUGCGGUUCGAAAAAGAGGGAUUUCCUGCCGGGAUGCGCCAAGACAGGCUGCGAUGCGUGUAUGUUGGCCGCUGUGGGCGGGAACUGCCACUAUCUCACGUCCUUGCGAGCAAGCCUGCUGGCCCGCCAUUUGUAUAAGACAGAUAAACAAACAGACAACAAGAAGAGAAAUAUUGAUCCUCCUUCACUGCUGCGAGUUGUAGAUGCCUGGAUUUCCAAAGUCAAAGACAGCAGGAACACACCCCUCAUCAACGACUAUAGCAAAGAGCUCGCGCGCUCGCUGGUAGGGAUGCGCAUAUUGGCAAGGAGGCUGGAGGACGAGCAUAUUGAGAGGCGCAAAAAGAAGGGUAAAAAGCCAAAGACGCGCUGGGGAGCGGCCAUGGUGACGUGGACAGACGACAAGCUGCCGGUUCCGAUAAAGCACAAGCAGAGGGAGAAGCCUCCGAGGGAGGAUGCGGUGAUUAUAGACUGGACGACGGAGCUGACGCGGGGUUUCAGAGCGGCGAUAGCACCCAGGGACAAUGACGAGUCUGGUUCUGCGAGGAUGAGCGGUGCUAUUCGGACAGAAGAGGCGGCAAGCGAAGUAAGAUCCCACCCCCCUAGAGACAGCAGAUCAAACAGAGGCACACGCACCCACAUCAACUUCAACGACAGCAACGGAGACGUCCCCGCGCAUUUCUCGGGCCGUGCUUCUCCCCUCUUCAACGUUGGCCUUGAGGAGAGUACAUCCAGCUGGACGAGUCGAGUGGUAGAGGAUGAUUAUGAUGAUGACGACAUCUAUGACGAGGACAUGCACGAAGAAUGCGUUGAUUCUCGUGAAGCGUCGAGCAUAUAUUCCCGUGACGAACGUCAUAAUCAUCAUGGUUCUCCUGAAGGGUCAAUCGUACAUUCUGGCGAUGAGCGUGAUGAAGAGGGUGACUAUGGCGACAGCAAGGCUUUGACAAAGUGGGAGGGCGGUGAUGGAGCGGCGUAG